ACCAAAAUCCUGCUGUUAAAACAUUAUUUUUGCAUCACUUACAUGAUGUGCAGUAUCUUGCAUCAGUUGGUUUUCAAGAGUUCGUAAAUCAAACAGACUCAGUCAUUUUUCUCUUUGUUGUGGCUCUUCAGUGUGAUGGCCUGCUUUUUUUGCAUAUGGAAACACUGAUUGGAGUUUAUUGAAUCUUUGAUUUUCAUUUAACAUCCUUGUGAAAACAACAUGUGUUCAUCUCUAUCCUUAGCAUUUGGCUGGUUUUAUCGAUAUGAGGGGAAACUACCUUCGUUCCGCAAGAAAGGAGAAAAGAAGAAGAAAAAGAAGAAAAUGUCCAACACGGAUACACUGCAGGAGCAGAAAAAGAACAAGAAGGAGAUGGAGUUUGAGCUGAAACUCGCCAAGGAGAAAGAAGAGAUGUAUGAGCGAGAGAAGCAGUUGAAGAUUAGUAGGCUCGUUCAGGAGGUUUCUGAGACAGAGCGAGAGGACCUAGAGGAGUCUGAGAAAGUGCAACAUUGGGUGGAGCGUCUUUGUCAGACUCGCUUGGAGCAGAUCUCCUGUGUAGAGAAUGAAACCCCAGAGUUCUCCCCGCCACAUUCUCCGGCUUCCGAGCCCAAGGUGAAGCGUUUCCCUGGCGGUCUUCACCUGGCCACCACUGACCUGGAUGACAUCAACCUGGAUGAUGUGGAUCAGAGCCUGAGGGGCCCUCUGAGGAGACUGGCCCCCACCCAACCCAGCACUAGCCAGCCUCCCCCUCCCUUGCCUCUCCCGCCGUCCUCACCCAGGCUGAACCCUACCAUCCCCAACUACUCCCCUCCUUCCUCUCGACCCUCUCCAAAACGCCUGCCUCCAUCUCCACCCAUUGGUAGGAGACCUCCCUCUACCCCAUCUACUUUGACCAACAAGGGGCGCAGGCUUCGCCCACAAGCUCACCCUCCUCCUCUUCGCCAAUCUCCUCGCCCACCUUCCCACCACCCUCUUUCAUUUCUUUCACCACGGCCUCCAUCCUCCCCUCGACCUGCUCCACAGCCUCCUCCACCGCCACCCCCUCCUCCUCCACCGCCUCCCCCUCCGCCCCCUCCUCCCCUGCCUCCACAACACCCUGAAGAACGAGUAGGAACCCUCAGUGGGUACCGCCAGCAUCAUCACCAUUAUCCCCAAUACCCUCCCAGUCCUUCAGAACGCAGAAGCGAGUGGGAGGUGGGCAGCUAUCUUCCAAGAGGAGGGAUUUACUCAUCUAACACCAGUGAAAUGUCCUAUCCCUCUAGUCCCGAGGUAAGGAGAAACACCUCCCAUGCCAGUCGUGUUUCCACCUCAAGCACUCACUUGCAACUAGCUCCCAGUCCCCCCAAUCAGAGGCGUCAGAUUGCCCCUGUCAUGUCAAAGCCCGUCAUGCUGCCCCAGUCCCAGAGUCACCGACCAGAUCCUCACAGGCCUGCACUCCGUUCUGAUGUCCUGCCUGCAGAAAUGCUGAAACGAAUGGUGCCUUUCAACUCGUCUUUCAAAUCAAACAGCAAACGACAAGUACUCCUUUAUCAACACCUCGCUUUAUUUAUUUAUUUAUUUAUUUAUUUUAGUUUUACUCUGGAGUGCUUUUGUCCACUUCCUCUCCCUACACAUUUUCUAUCCAUGCUAACACAUUAAGUUUCCUCAUGGUUCACUGGAGACUCAUUGAUGUCUCUUCUUAUUCUUCAUUUUGUCAUCUCUGCUGCAUAACUGCCUUGUGGUUUAUGCAUGACUGUACUUUCAUUGAUUUGAAGCAUACAGUACUACCGUGAGGUGUUGAAAUGCAUGUCAGUUCUGUGGGCUUGCUGCAGUGAUUAGGUUUGGUCUGUAGUGGCAACAGAAGGUUUGUACAUCAGGGACUGUCCUAUAAAGACCCAUUGAAGACUCCAGAUGGUUGUCAUCCGUCUCUCUAGAUGGGCUGCUGCAGGGUGCGUUAGUAAAAGGAAGGAUGGUGGUGGAAGUUGUGAAGGUUUGAUUUACCUUCACUUUACUUGGAAGCAGAAAACAUCAGUCUCAUUAGGAUGAUCUGUUAUUCCACCUGCCACAUUACUUAGAUUGUAUGGUCUAAUUUCAGCUUGUCUCCAGUCAUAGCAAAUAAAAUCAUGUAUGAUAAAUGAGUUCAUUUUUUAUGUCCCAUGUAGAGCUUCUUUGCCAAACAGGAAAUGAAUAGUUGGAUUAAUGUGUGGGAGAGAAAUGGCUCUGUGAGUCAUCAUACUGUUGCUGCCUGAUUGCCUUUCUUUAAUAGCUUUCUCAUUCUUUCCCUGUACCAUGGCAUUAAAUAGCUGUAAACAUUGGUAGGAAUUAUUUUAUGUAUGUGUGUGUG